GUGCGCAUAGAAAUUGGAAAGAAGGAAGAGGAGGAAGUGGCAGAUCAUUUCAAGUAUGGCAGUUCUGCAAAUAUCAACAAUGGUGGUGAGGCCGCCCUGAAGUUGACCGCUGGCUUGGACCACUCCCAGGUCCUUAGGCCAAGUGGCCGGCUGGAGCGUCCGGCCUCGUACCGCAAGCCCACUCCUGAAGUGGAUGUCGGGAAUGGGAGAGUGCCCAGGGCCAAAGCCAAACCCAAAGCAGGAAACAGGAGGAUCGGUAAUGGUGAGGAUGUCCCACGUAAAAAGGACAAAGAGAUGCCUGACUACAAUGAGAUGCCGAUUGCCGCUACCCAUUGGUUGGUGGACCAACUUCUGAAGGAUUUGCAGACCGCAAAGGUGCUUCCCAUUAAGAUGGCCAAUAUGAAACAUCAGGAUGGGUUGCGCACAACUUUGAUGGAGCACGCCAGGGACCUGGAGAGCUCAUACUUCCAACUGAAGGCAGUUGCGGAUCAGAUCCCCAAGGAUGCAGAAUCUCAUGCAUUCCCUGACCUUGGGACUUGGCUGGGUAUUGCUGUGAAUCUUCGUGCGGCGUAUUUGGAAUCAGCUGCGAUGGCACACCAACUUUGCAAACCGAAAGGUGGUAGAAGGAAGAAGGCCCCAACACAUGAGACAAUUUCACGGCUGAAAGCCAAUAAAAUCAAACUGCAUAAUUAUGGGGCAGUUCACGCUAUAUAG